AAAUAAUAUAUGGUAACAAAAUUUCCUAAAUUUAGUCAAGCUUUAGCACAAGAUCCUACUACAAGAAGAAUAUGGUAUGGAAUAGCAACUGCUCAUGAUUUUGAAAGUCAUGAUAAUAUUACAGAAGAAAAUCUAUAUCAAAGAAUUUUUGCUUCCCAUUUUGGUCAUUUAGCUAUUAUAUUUUUAUGGACAUCAGGUAAUUUAUUUCACGUAGCAUGGCAAGGUAAUUUUGAAAAAUGGAUACUUAAUCCUACUAAGAUAAAACCUAUUGCACAUGCGAUUUGGGAUCCGCACUUUGGUCAAGCCGCAUUGAAGGCUUUUUCACAAACAGGAGUUGACUAUCCAACAAAUAUAAGUUAUUCAGGAUUAUAUCAUUGGUGGUAUACUAUUGGUAUAAGAACUAAUAAUGACCUAUAUUUGGGAGCAUUAUUCCUUUUAGUGAUAUCAGGGUUAUUUUUAUUUGCAGGUUGGCUACAUUUACAGCCUAAAUUUAAACCUAGUUUAGCAUGGUUUAAAAAUAAUGAGUCACGUUUGAAUCAUCAUUUAGCAGGUUUAUUUGGUGUUAGUUCAUUAGCAUGGGCAGGACAUUUAGUUCAUGUGGCAAUUCCUGAGGCAAGAGGUCAGCAUGUUGGUUGGGAUAAUUUCUUAUCUACUAAACCACAUCCAGCUGGGCUAGAACCUUUUUUUAAGGGGCAAUGGUCAGUGUACGCAGAUGGUCCAGAUAGUAUGAAUCAUGUAUUUAAUACAAGUGAAGGUGCAGGAAAAGCCAUCUUAACAUUCCUAGGUGGGUUUCACCCACAAACAAAAUCUUUAUGGUUAACAGAUAUUGCGCAUCAUCACUUAGCUAUAGCAGUGAUUUUUAUAAUCGCUGGUCAUAUGUAUAGAACUAACUGGAGUAUUGGACAUAGUCUAAAAGAGAUCUUAGAUGCUCAUAGAGCCCCAGGUGGUAGAUUAGGUGAUGGUCAUAAAGGUCUAUUUGAAACUAUUAAUAAUUCCUUGCAUUUUCAAUUAGGAUUAGCAUUAGCUUCUUUAGGAGUAAUUACUUCUCUUGUGGCACAACAUAUGUAUGCUAUGCCUUCUUAUGUAUUUAUUGCUAAUGAUUUUACAACCCAAGCGGCUUUAUAUACUCAUCAUCAGUAUAUAGCAGGAUUUUUAAUGGUUGGUGCAUUCGCACAUGGCGCAAUAUUUUUUAUUAGAGAUUAUAAUCCUGAACAAAACAAAAAUAAUGUGCUUGCUCGGAUGUUAGAACAUAAAGAAGCAAUAAUAUCUCAUUUAAGUUGGGUAAGUUUAUUUUUGGGUUUUCAUACAUUAGGAAUAUAUGUUCAUAAUGAUGUAGUAGUCGCAUUUGGUUCUCCCGAAAAACAGAUCCUUAUUGAACCGGUAUUUGCACAAUGGAUACAAGCAGCAUCAGGCAAAGCAUUAUAUGGAUUUAAUAUUUUGUUGUCUUCUUCUGAUAGUGUAGCCACAAGAGCAGGUGAAAGUUUAUGGUUACCCGGCUGGUUAAAAGGUGUUAAUGAUACUAAUAAUUCACUAUUUUUAGAUAUAGGACCUGGAGAUUUCUUAGUUCAUCAUGCAAUAGCUCUAGGUUUACAUACCACAACUUUAAUUUUAGUUAAAGGAGCCUUGGAUGCUAGAGGCUCAAAACUGAUGCCAGAUAAAAAAGAUUUUGGAUAUAGUUUUCCAUGCGAUGGACCAGGAAGAGGUGGAACUUGUGAUAUAUCUGCAUGGGAUGCUUUUUAUUUGGCAAUGUUUUGGAUGUUGAAUACAUUAGGAUGGCUAACAUUUUAUUGGCAUUGGAAACACUUGACAUUAUGGGGUGGCAAUGUUAAUCAAUUUAAUGAGUCUUCAACAUAUCUAAUGGGUUGGUUUAGGGAUUACCUAUGGCUUAAUUCAUCGCCAUUAAUUAAUGGUUAUAAUCCUUAUGGCGUUAAUAAUUUAUCUGUUUGGGCUUGGAUGUUUUUGUUUGGUCACUUGGUAUGGGCAACAGGUUUCAUGUUUUUGAUUUCUUGGAGAGGUUAUUGGCAAGAAUUAAUUGAAACUUUAGCUUGGGCUCACGAAAGAACUCCAUUAGCAAAUUUGAUAAAAUGGAAAGAUAAACCUGUAGCGUUAUCUAUCGUUCAAGCACGCUUGGUAGGAUUAGCACAUUUUGCUGUAGGAUAUAUCUUAACUUAUGCUCCAUUUGUUAUAGCAUCGACUGUUGGCAAGUUUGGUUAAUUUUAAAUUAUAUAGAAUAAAAAAGAAAAUAAAGUAAAUCAAAAUGAUUUACUUUAUUUUCUUUUUUAUUCUAUAUAAUUUAUUUUAUAAAUUAUUUUUUACAAAA